AUGGCAAAAAACAAAUCUUCUACGGGCAAGCUGCAAGCCUCGGGAUCAUCACCAUCGCCCACAACCAUCACUCCUGAAAUGAUCAUGAGACCUACUCCCAAUGUUUCUCUCUCCGAUAGUAUUGCAGAAGAGUUUAAAUUACCACUCAAAGCUGCCAAUUACAUGUUCUUUUGUUUCUUAUUGAGUAAUUUAUUGGCUGCAUUUUUAAUGCCCAUCAGUGAUUGUGAUGAAACAUUUAAUUAUUGGGAACCUACACAUUUGAUUCUGUACGGAAAAGGCUUGCAAACUUGGGAAUACAGUCCUGUAUUUGCUCUUCGGUCUUAUUUAUAUGUUUGGAUUCAUGUAUUGAUGGGAAAGAUCGCCAUGCUUCUUGGAUUUACUUCUUCUGUGGAAGUAUUUUAUGGCAUUCGGAUUGGAUUAGCGGUUGUGUGUGCUCUCUCACAGACAGUUUUUACAAAAGGAAUUUAUGAAAGAUUCGGAAGUAGGAUUACAUUGUUGUCAAUUCUUGUCAUGAUGGGAUCACCAGGAAUGUUUAUUUCAUCAACAGCUUAUUUACCAUCAGCUUUUUCAAUGUACAUGCUCAUGUUUGCUUUCGGAAAUUGGUAUAGCGUUGCAAUCACGGAAUUGGACAAGAAAAUGAAAUGGUUCUUUUGUGUGUUCUUUGUGGGAUCUUCGGUGAUUAUUGGAUGGCCAUUUAGUGUUGUGUGUGGACUUCCAAUUGCAAUUGAUACCAUUCACAAGUGUGGAUUUUGGAGGACUUUAAAAUAUGCUAUUGUUGUUAGUGUUGUCAUAAUAUCUUCCACUAUGGCUAUUGAUUACUAUUACUAUAAGAAAAUAUUUUUCACACCAUUGAACCUUGUCAUGUAUAAUAAGGGACAAGGAAGCGAAAAGUUUGGAGUCGAGCCAUGGCAUUUCUAUACAAAGAAUUUGAUUUUGAAUUUUAAUUUAGCUUUUGUGCUUGCUCUUCUCACUCCAUUCUUAGUAUUGAUACACUAUCUUGUAACUAAUAGUUGGGAACAUGCACUUGUUGACAAAUUGAGAGGAGCUUACAUGAACCGUGCACAACGAUGGACCAUUCACUACCGAUGGAUCAUAUUUGUUUCUCCAUUUUAUGUUUGGUUUUUAUUCUUCUCAUCUCUUCCUCACAAGGAAGAACGAUUCAUGUUUGUUGUGUAUCCGUUAAUUUGCCUUGCGAGUGCUAUUGGAAUUGAACUAAUUCUCAGAAUAAUAGAUAUGAUAAUUUAUAAGAAAGGAGCAAAUGAGAUCACAAUAGCUGUAAUUAGAGAAUAUGAGGAAGAACCUCUCCAAAGAAUUGACGACCACAAAAUGGGAUCUCUUGGAGUGAAGAGAAGCACUAUUUCUAUAAUUAUUGCAGUGAUCAUUGUGGGAAUUACCAUGAUUCUUGGCAUGUCACGAUCCAUAGGAAAUGUUAAAAAUUUCCAUGCACCUCUGAAAGUAUAUUCAGAGCUUCAUAGCGAACUAACAACUUUAGAAAAGAAUGCUCCAUUUACUAACAAGACAAUUCCAGUCAAUGUUUGUGUCGGAAAAGAAUGGUAUCGAUAUCCUUCUUCAUUCUUCUUACCAACCUCAAAAAAGUUUGAUAUUAGAAUUCGAUUUUUGAAAUCAGGAUUUUCUGGGCUUUUACCAAAAUAUUUUGCAGAUGAAAAUCCAACAUCUUCCAUUCCUACAGGAAUGAACGAUGAAAAUCGUGAAGAAAUGGAUCGAUAUAUUCCAGAAAACAAGUGCCAUUAUAUCGUUGAUUUCGAUAUUCCUGAUCAAAAAGAAGAGAGUUUCAAUUCUAAACCAGACAAGUGGACCCCAAUCUUUCAAGUUCCAUUUCUUGAUGCCAAUAAUUCUCCAGCCUUAUUCCGUUCAUUCUAUAUUCCAUUUUAUAAUAUGAACAAGUAUGGAAAUUACACACUCUUUACACGAAAAAUUGGCCAAGAAAAGACAAAGGAAUAA